GACGGUGCACACCGGAUAUGAGGAGUAAUAGAAAUAAAUAAAGCAAUGGAAGGUUCUGUGUCCAACUUGGAGGUGUGCAAUUUAGCAUACACUGGGCAAUUUGAACAGUUAAAAAAAUGCAUUUUAGCUGAUAAAUCAUUGGCGUCCAAAACAGACCAGGAUCACAGAACUGCUCUGCAUUGGGCGUGUUCGGCCGGUCACAGUGACAUAGUGGAAUUUCUGCUGGGCCUUGGAGUUGAGGUUAAUCUUAAAGAUGACGCAUCCUGGAGCCCGUUACACAUUGCAGCCUCUGCAGGGAGAGAUGAUAUAGUUAAAGCCCUGAUUACCAAGGGGGCCCAGAUUAAUUCUGUCAACCACAAUGGUUGUACUCCUCUACAUUACGCUGCUUCGAAAGACCGAUAUGAGAUAGCUCUAAUGUUGUUGGAAAAUGGAGCAAACCCCAACAUCACAGAUAAAUUGGAGUCCACUCCUUUACACAGAGCUUCUGCAAAGGGCAACUACCGAUUGAUUCAACUUCUCCUGAGCCAGAGUGCUUCCACUAAUAUCCAGGAUUCGGAAGGAAACACUGCACUUCACCUGGCCUGUGAUGAGGAGCGUGUGGAGGCUGCAAAGCUUCUAGUGGAGCAUGGUGCCAGCAUCUAUAUAGAGAACAAGGAGGAGAAGACGCCCCUACAGAUCGCUAAAGGGGGCCUUGGGUCCUUGCUAAGGAGAAUGGUAGAAGGCUGAACUGUAGGUUGCACAAGUGCAAGAAUAUGGCUGGAGUAUUAUAAUAAUGAACACUGCAGUAACAGGUUCAUGAAGGCUUAACUAGUAUGAUUGAUAGUUUUUAUAUUUUGGAAUGUAAUUCUAUUGGAACGCUCCUUACCACCUUGUGAAUGAGUAAAAAUUCACUUUAAUAGAAUUCCUUUUUAUCACAUUUAAUUUUCUUCUCUCAAAAAAUGUAUUUUGAUCUGACAGUGACCAUUCCACAGCACAUUUUUUGUUAUUUCAAAUAUUAAGUCGGUGAAAACGGCUUCUGCAGACCUAAUUUCCAGAAUGAAUGAAAUAUCUAUUUGCUAAGGUUCUGCUGUAAAAUACCUUACAGAAUACAGAAAGUAAAAAUAUGAAUGCUGUUUGCAUAAAUUAAUUGUUUGUUGUUGUAUUAUGUGCACUUAUUACCAAAUUCUUGUUUUCAUUAGAAACUUGCAAACAGUUUAAAGUGGCUAAGCACUUGCACAUGUUACAUAAGUUAGGAAAAUGGAAUUUUUUAAAAACCAGAGUACAACAGUGGAUUGUGUGCCUCACGCUGAGGUAACCUGCAAAUCAUAUUAAAGUUACUACAACUGA